CCUCGCCGGGGGAGCAUGAGCUGUGCCCAGGCCGGCAUUGUCCAGAAUCUGUACCAAAACAGGUUCCUGGGCCUGGCAGCCAUGGCAUCUCCAUCCAGGAACUCACAAAACCGGCGCCGGUGCAAAGAGCCUCUCAGAUACAGCUAUAACCCUGACCAGUUCCAUAACAUGGACAUCAGGAGCAAUUCCCAUGAGACAGUCACCAUUCCUAGGUCUACCAGUGACACGGACCUUGUCACUUCAGACAGCAGGUCUACUCUGAUGGUCAGCAGCUCCUACUACUCCAUCGGGCAUUCACAGGACCUGGUGAUAUACUGGGAUAUAAAGGAGGAAGUGGAUGCAGGGGACUGGAUCGGCAUGUAUCUCAUAGAUGAGGUCUUGUCUGAAAAUUUUUUGGACUACAAGAACCGUGGUGUCAAUGGCUCUCACCGUGGUCAGAUCAUCUGGAAGAUUGAUGCCAGCUCUUACUUUGUGGAGCCUGAAACAAAGAUCUGCUUCAAAUACUACCAUGGCGUGAGCGGGGCACUACGAGCCACAACUCCAAGUGUUACGGUGAAAAACAACGCAGCUCCUAUUUUUAAAAGUAUAACCAAUGAAGAUUCAAUCCAGGGGCAAGGAAGUCGGAGACUGAUAAGUUUUUCUUUGUCAGAUUUCCAGGCUUUUGGUCUGAAGAAAGGGAUGUUCUUCAAUCCAGAUCCUUACCUGAAGAUUUCCAUCCAGCCUGGAAAACAUAGCAUCUUCCCAGCACUUCCUCAUCAUGGGCAGGAGAAGAGAUCUAAGAUCAUGUGUAAUACAGUUAAUCCAGUCUGGCAAGGAGAGCAAUUCAGCUUUGUCUCCCUGCCUACGGAUGUCCUGGAAAUAGAAGUUAAAGACAAAUUUGCAAAGAGCCGACCCAUCAUCAAGCGUUUCCUGGGAAAACUCUCUAUGCCGGUUCAACGCCUCCUGGAAAGACAUGCCAUUGGGGACAGGGUUGUAAGCUACACUCUGGGUCGCAGGCUUCCUACAGAUCAUGUCAGUGGCCAGCUGCAGUUCCGAUUCGAGAUAACUUCUUCCAUCCAUCCAGAUGAUGAAGAGGUCUCUAUUAGUGCAGAUCCUGAGCCAGCUGACCUCCAGGAAAGCCCUAUGAACAACCCCACAGAGGAAAGCCUCGGUGAGCCUCCAUGCAUCAACACAGUGACCUCAGAAAGUACAGCUCCAGAACAGCUAAAUGGAUACAUGGUGAACAGUGUGGAUAGCCCAGGGGCUGUCAAACCACCUGGGGAAGUCAACCAGAACAGCUUAAAUGAAGAGCUAGCAGGAGAUGGGGAGGUUGAUGCAGUGCCAGUUCCUGAGCCCUUGGAACCCGUCCCAGAAGUGCUGCCUUCUUUGAGUGCCACGGACCUCACGGAGCAGCCGGCUCUGCUGGCUUGUAUGUCUCCUCCUGAGACUGAAGUUAGGGAAAAUAACGAAGUCAAUUCUGUUACUCAGGGAGAUCUUGGAGUCUUUACCAGCGUAGAACCAUUAGAUAUUGAUGAGGUGAGUGCAGAUGUGCAUGCUGGCAAGGACCUAGAGAAGGGUCAGGAAGAAGAAGGGGCUUCAGCCCAGGAGGCAGAAGACAGCAAACUACAACUGAGGACCACAGCAAAGAGGAAAAACAGGCCGUGCUCUCUGCCUGUGUCUGAACUUGAGACCGUCAUAGCUUCAGCUUGCGGUGAGCCGGAGACCCCUCGCACGCACUACAUACGGAUCCACAACUUGCUCCACAGCCUUCCCUCAGCACAGAUGAGCAGCGAUGGGGAAGAAGAACAAGAUGGUGGCAAUGGUGGAGAGAACGAUGAGGAGUCUACAGUCAAGGAAGCGCUGGAGAAGGAGAUGGUCAGUGAGAGUGAGACGGUGGCGGCAGAGCCUCCUCUGGAAAACGAGGCUGAAGAGAACUUCAGCCAGAGAACGGUGCCUCCUGGGACCUUGGAUGAGCAACUCUCUGACUUAAAUGAUGAUGUGCUGUUGGAUGGGGAACACCCCAGGCCAGUAAGCGAAAGCGAGUCGAGCUCCAGAGCCAAUGGUGACAACGAGUGCGAGGCGUGUGACACCUCUUGCUACAGCCCCUCUUGCUACAGCACUUCCUGUUACAGUACCUCCUGCUACAGCACUUCUUGCUACAGCACCUCCUGUUACGACAGUAACAAUCGCUUCUCCAGCCAUACCCGCUUCUCCUCCGUCGACAGUGCAAAGAUUUCUGAGAGCACAGUCUUUUCCUCACAGGAUGAUGAUGAGGAGGAGAACAGUGCUUUUGAGUCAGUGCCAGAUUCAGUGCAGAGCCCUGAGCUGGACAGGGAGCAAGUGGAUGGCUCCUCCCAGUGGCCAGAUGAACUAGUAGCUCAUGGUGGGAAUCCACAAAGAGCCACAGAGAGUCUAGACACCCCAAUAGCAGGUCCAAGCAGCAGAAGAGAAGGUGAUUGUCCUUUACUCCAUAAUUCUCAGCCAGUCAGCCAGCUUCCUUCUCUGAGGCCUGACCAUCAUCACUACCCAACUAUCGAUGAGCCUCUUCCGCCAAAUUGGGAAGCUCGGAUAGACAGCCACGGGAGGGUGUUCUAUGUUGAUCACGUGAACCGAACCACCACGUGGCAGCGCCCCACAGCCGCGGCAACGCCGGACGGGAUCCACAGGUCUGGCUCCAUCCAGCAAAUGGAGCAGCUGAACCGGCGAUACCAAAAUAUCCAGAGGACUAUUGCAACAGAGCGGGCUGAAGAUGAUGCUGUAGUAAACAACAGGGUGGAGAGAGUUCCCACUGGAGGAGGAAGUGACUCUGAGGCAGAGCCUUCCCAGCCAACCUCAGAGAUUAGGAGGGAAGGUUCCCUUUCUCCUGUGAAUUCUCAAAAAAUUACCUUGUUGCUGCAGUCUCCAGCUGUGAAGUUCAUCACCAAUCCGGAGUUCUUCACUGUGCUGCAUGCAAACUAUAGUGCCUAUCGAGUCUUCACUAACAGUACCUGCUUGAAGCAUAUGAUUCUGAAGAUCCGUAGAGAUGCUCGUAAUUUUGAGCGCUAUCAGCACAACAGAGAUCUAGUAAAUUUUAUCAACAUGUUUGCUGAUACCCGACUGGAGCUUCCUCGUGGCUGGGAGAUAAAAACUGACCAGCAGGGCAAGUCUUUCUUCGUUGACCACAACAGCCGUGCUACCACUUUCAUAGAUCCCAGGAUCCCACUGCAGAAUGGUCGUCUCCCUAACCACCUGACUCACAGGCAGCAUCUUCAGCGACUUCGUAGCUACAGUGCUGGAGAGGCCUCUGAAGUCUCUAGAAACAGAGGAGUUGCUCUGUUGGCCAGACCAGGCAAUAGUCUCGUAACAGCUAUUCGAAACCAGCACCAUCAGGAGGCAUUACCUCUGGCUUACAAUGACAAGAUCGUUGCAUUUCUACGCCAACCCAACAUUUUUGAGAUGCUGCAGGAGCGUCAGCCCAGCUUGGCCAGAAACCAUGCACUCAGGGAGAAGAUCCAUUACAUUCGUACAGAAGGCACACAUGGGCUUGAAAAGUUGUCCUGUGAUGCAGAUUUAGUAAUUCUGCUGAGCCUUUUUGAAGAGGAUAUUAUGUCCUACAUACCACUGCAGGCUGCCUUCCAUCCUGGUUACAGUUUCUCUCCUCGCUGCUCACCCUGUUCAUCACCCCAAAAUUCUCCAGGACUGCAGCGAGCAAGUGCAAGAGCACCUUCUCCAUACAGGAGGGACUUUGAAGCCAAGCUGCGUAAUUUUUAUCGAAAACUUGAAGCCAAAGGGUAUGGGCAAGGUCCAGGUAAAAUUAAGUUAAUUAUACGGCGUGACCACUUGCUGGAGGGCACCUUCAACCAGGUAAUGGCAUACUCACGCAAGGAGCUCCAGCGGAACAAACUCUACGUCACGUUUGUUGGCGAGGAAGGGUUGGACUACAGUGGCCCCUCCCGAGAAUUCUUCUUCCUUCUGUCACAGGAGCUCUUCAAUCCCUAUUAUGGGCUGUUUGAGUAUUCAGCCAAUGACACUUACACUGUACAGAUCAGCCCCAUGUCUGCCUUUGUUGAAAAUCACCUGGAGUGGUUCAGGUUCAGCGGUCGUAUUCUUGGCCUUGCUCUCAUUCAUCAGUACCUUCUUGAUGCUUUCUUCACAAGGCCAUUCUACAAAGCACUCCUAAGGCUGCCGUGUGAUUUAAGUGACCUAGAGUACCUGGAUGAAGAGUUUCAUCAGAGCUUGCAGUGGAUGAAGGAUAAUAACAUCACAGAUAUCCUGGAUCUCACCUUCACAGUGAAUGAGGAGGUGUUUGGACAGGUUACAGAGAGAGAGUUGAAAUCAGGAGGGGCAAAUACAGCAGUGACAGAAAAGAACAAAAAAGAGUACAUUGAGAGAAUGGUUAAGUGGAGAGUAGAACGAGGAGUGGUUCAGCAGACAGAGGCUCUGGUCCGUGGCUUCUACGAAGUUGUAGAUUCCAGGCUUGUCUCUGUUUUUGAUGCCAGAGAACUGGAGCUGGUUAUAGCUGGCACAGCAGAGAUAGAUCUGAACGACUGGCGUAACAACACAGAGUAUCGUGGAGGUUACCAUGACGGACACAUAGUAAUACGGUGGUUCUGGGCAGCAGUGGAGAGAUUUAACAAUGAGCAGAGACUCCGGUUGUUGCAGUUUGUCACUGGAACAUCAAGUGUGCCAUACGAGGGCUUUGCAGCUCUCCGAGGGAGCAAUGGGCUACGGCGCUUCUGUAUAGAGAAAUGGGGGAAAAUAACCUCCCUCCCCAGGGCACACACAUGUUUCAACCGUUUGGAUCUUCCACCUUACCCCUCAUAUUCUAUGCUGUAUGAAAAGCUGCUGACAGCUGUUGAAGAAACUAGCACCUUUGGACUUGAAUGAGGUGGUUCAGGCACUUCUGGUGUUUUUCUGGCUGAUGAUGUCACCUUUCCUACCCACCAUCAUUGAUCUCCGUUUCCCAUGUUUUUAUUUUUGAAAAGAAAACAAACAAACAAAAAAAUCAAGAUUGACAAAGCUGUGCAUGAAGAACUGCGGCCCUCUAAGAUCUAACCUUCAUGCUUUCAUCCUCUGUUUCCAAUGGACUGCUAGUCUGUAUGCAAUAUAAAAACAACUGUCUCAAGGUUUCUGUAUAUCUCUACAUACCUCCAUUAAUAACAAUGAAAAUACAAAUGCAAGUUACACUACACUUGACCAAAUGUUAAUAAAUGUUUACUUCCACCUUCGUUGAUUAAAAAAUAAAAA